AUGGUUCAGGUUUACAUACGAGGUCGUGGACGUGGACGUUAUGUUUGUGAAAGAUGUGGAAUUCGUUGUAAAAAGCCUUCCAUGUUGAAAAAACAUCUUCGUUCCCACACAAAUGUCCGUCCAUUCACUUGCAUGACCUGCAAUUUUUCUUUCAAAACAAAAGGGAAUUUAACAAAACAUUUGGUUUCAAAAACUCAUAAACGUCGAAUGCUUGAUUCAAAUAAUGAAGAAACAAUGCAAGGGAUUAAUACAACAAAAUCUUUAUUGGAAAGAAAUUAUGGAAAUGAAGAAGAAGAGGAAGAAGGGGGGAGAUUGGUGGUUGUGGAGGAGGAUGAGGAAGAGGACAACAACAACAACACUAACAUCCCUACAACUUCUUCUAAAGACCAGCAACAACAACGCUUGGAACGUAUACAAGAACAAGAACAAAGAAUGCGUUGGGAAGAAGAAGAUUGGGAUGAUGAUGAUGAAGAAGACGAAGAAGAUUGGGGGUUGUUAGUUGACCAUACUCCUCAAAAAGAUGUGGUGCCACCACCUCCACCUCUAAACUAUAGACAUUUUGGGCAAGAAAAUAUUCUCGUGGAGCGUGAAACUCACACCCCUCCAACUCUUUGGACUCGUACAGAUUGUUUCGGCACUUUAGCAGCAGCAGCUGGGGGAUAUACAGAUGUUAGCGGUGAUGAAGAACCCGAACCUUUAGAUAUGGGUUGGCCUCCACAAGAUUCAGAAAGGAUAUGCCAAUCAGCACCUCCAUCUGCCCUUCUAUCGCCUGGAGGCCGUUCAAGAACUAAACGGAAAAAGAAGGGGAAAAUAAAUAAUAGCCAGGCAAAUGUUUCUGAUCUGAAAACAUCUCCAACAAAAUUUGAAUUUUUACAUCAGGAUUCUCAACAAGAUUUAUCUUCACCUCCAGUAGACCAUCAACAUCAACAUUCUUCCCUAAUUAAUCAACAACCUCCCCCAGCAUUAGCUAAUUUCAUUCCUUCAAUAUCAGAACAACAACAGCAACAUUCCCUUCAACAAAGGCAACAACAACAACAGCCUUCUUUAGCUGCCCAAUUAGCUGUCGGUUUAUUACAAGUCCCUCCAUUUAAUAAUCAACAGCAACAAACAACUCCAAUAGACUUGAGACAAUCCCAAUUUCAAGCCCAACAAUUUUAUUUCCAACAAAUUAGUGAACAACAACAGCAGCAGCAUUCUUCUGCCUUUGCACCUCCAAUAUCUUGUACUAACAACGGGAAUAAUGGAAAUAAUUUUGUUUCUGCUUUAAAAUUUCUUGAAUGUCAUCAAAUGAAUGUUGGGGGAACUCAACAAAUUAUUGGAGGAGAAAAUGAGAAUAAUAAUGGAGGAGGAGGUAGAUUUUUAAUACUGAAAAAAUAUUUUUUUCUGUUUUAUGGCAUUUCCUAUGGGACUGGGCCGUUUUGGCGCGGGGCCGUUUUGGCGCGGGGCCGUUUUGGCGCGAGCUUAUAA